AGGGAGGAUGCCAGGGGUCGGUUCCGUUGUGCUGAGCGGCCGAGGGCGCUGGGGCCGGAGCGCCGAGCUGUGGGCCGUUCCUGGGCCAGGUCCGCGGUGCCGGGGCAGAGCGAGGCGAGAAGCGCACUGCCUUCUCGCGCGUGCCCUUCUCCCCUUGGCAUCUGCAGUCGGGCAAGGGUUCUGCGGUUUACUGUUGCAUCCUUUGCACCGGUGAAUGUGCGACGCAGGGGCACUGCUCCUCUGAAAGGCUUGACCGGCAGAAUGGAAGGAAGCUGUGGUGCAGACUGCCCUCUGUGGAGCCUUUGAAGACAAUAAAAUCCUGUUCAGUUCCACAGGCUCUUCUCUGGAUCACGUGCUAUGGUGAAAAAUGUUUCGGAAAGGCAAAAAGCGACACAGUAGUAGCAGUUCCCAAAGUAGUGAAAUCAGUACCAAGAGCAAGUCUGUAGAUUCCAGCCUUGGGGGCCUGUCCCGAUCCAGCACUGUGGCCAGCCUCGAUACAGACUCCACCAAAAGCUCAGGACAAAGCAACAAUAACUUAGAUACUUGUGCAGAAUUUCGAGUAAAGUAUGUUGGUGCCAUUGAGAAGCUGAAACUCUCUGAGGGAAAAGGCCUGGAAGGACCACUAGACCUGAUAAAUUAUAUAGAUGUUGCCCAGCAAGAUGGAAAGUUGCCUUUUGUUCCCCUGGAGGAAGAAUUUAUUAUGGGAGUUUCCAAGUAUGGGAUAAAAGUAUCAACGUCAGAUCAGUAUGACGUGUUACACAGGCAUGCUCUGUACUUAAUCAUCCGGAUGGUGUGUUACGAUGAUGGCCUCGGGGCAGGAAAAAGCUUACUGGCUCUUAAGACCACAGACGCCAGUAAUGAAGAAUACAGCCUGUGGGUCUAUCAGUGCCACAGCCUGGAACAAGCACAGGCAAUCUGCAAAGUUUUGUCCACUGCGUUUGACGCCGUGUUAACCUCUGAGAAAUCCUGAUCUCUGCACUCAGGCAAAGGAAGCCAACCUCACCCGAGAGUCAGCUGUUUUCUCAAUCAUCUGCUUUCAAUCUGCAAUGCUGAACUAUUACAGAAAGAUGAGGUGAUGCCCUGCUCCAAUUUUCUGAAGAAAGUGCAAUGUCUACACUAUUGACCAUUUGUUUUUGUAUUAAAAUAUGUCUAAUUAAACAGUGAGUUGACUCUCAA